GAGGUUGGUUACAAAAAAAAAACGUUGCAAAAAAUUCCCAUGUGUAUUUUAAAUAUUUUGGUUUGAAAAAUUUAUUUCAUUUUGAGUUGAUUCUAAUAAUGGAUUCUUUAAAAGAAUACCUCUUAAUACAAAGAAGCGAGAAUGAAGCUUUGAGAAAUGAAAUCAUAACAAAACUUGAGGAACUCUUUCGGCCUUUUGAUUCUCCCAUGACAACGAUGGCUGUAAAUCCGUCCAGAUACAGCAACUUCAUAUUGGAAAUGUGCCAGUUUGAACAGAAAAUGAAUCACAAAUUGACCGAAAUAAGUUUCGAACUCAAAAGAUUCUCAAAGCAGAACAAGUAUCCUGUUUAUCGUGCUCCCCUUACUAAAAGCAACACUUUCGAUGAUACUUUGGACAUAGACACAUUAAAAGCAAAUUCUAGUAGAUUAAUUUGUAAAUUGGAUAAGUUGAGGGAAAAUCAUUGUGAAGAAUCAGACACCAAGAGUUUUCUGAGCAGUCAACUGAACGACACUAGUAGAGUAUCUUUCGAAGAUGAUAAAAAUAUUUUUGAUGAACAUAAUUCUCUUAAAAGUUGUGAGUUGCCUUUCUGUGAGGAAGACGAUAAAUUUUCCCAAAAACCAGAUAUUUCCUUUUCGGAACCUAUUCGGAAUGAAAUUUUUGAGGAUAUUUGUCCGAUCUUGAGCGAUGUCAUCAUGGAAAAUAUUAACGAUCCUGAAUUUGUGAAGGAACUCGAGAAAAAUACUGAUUCAAUCUUUUCCAUGGUGAAAGACAAUGAAGUUACUGAAUUUGAGGAUACAGAUAGAGGCGACAAAAAUUCGAACAGUUCCAUUUUACAUCCUGAAAUUGAGGAAGAGUGCAAGGAAGAUGUCGAAAUAAGUGCAGUGAUGUCUAUGGAGGAAACGGAGAAAUUGAAAAUAGUGAAAAGCAGUAAUCAAUGUAAAGUGGAGAAAUCAAUUGAGCCUUUUUUGGAAAAUUCAUCAAAACUUGAAGAGGUACUCAAUAAAACCGACUCAUUCUUGGUAAAAUCGGAAUCAGAACUUUCCGACAUCAUAUGGAAAAACAUUAUAGAACUGGGUUCUAUGAAACCUGAGGAGAUCCAAACAUAUGUUGAAAGUCCAGAGAACAACAGUGAAACUUCAAAUAUUAAGGUAGAAUCUGAUAAAACAGAGAAAGAUCAUAAUGAUGAUAAUGAAACUAGACCAGAUAUAAAAAUUCAAGGAAGCUACGAAUUGGAAAGUGAGAUUAGUAGCGAAUCUGAAAAUGAUUCCGGAGUUUUGCCAGAUUCUGAAACUUCUCAAGAAAUGAAAGAGGAUGAUGUAAAAUGUGAAUCGAAAUAUUCUGCUGUCUUGGAAGAAUCAAAGGUGGAAGAUUCAAAGCCGCUUUUUAGUGCAGAAGAAAAAAUUAAGAAAUUAGGCCUCGAUGAUCGUUGGACCUUAUUUGAGAAGACGAGGAAAGUUGCAAAGUUGCCAGAUCUUCGUUUGAGGCCAACAUUACAAAAUAAUGAAACGAAAAAUUCAGGAUCGAAAGCUAAUGUUCCUCUAGAAAUUGCUGACAGCAUUGUCCCCGCUUUGAACACGCUCUGCGUUUUUAGUCAUGUAGAGUCGCCGUCAGAAUUUUACCUACAUCCCAACAUAGAAGAAGCGAAACUGAUCGAUAGUCUCAACGACCUGAUAACGGAGCAAUACAAGAAGACAAAAACGCCUUUCAAAUCGAAAUUAGAAGCUUCUGAGAAUUUGGGGAACUUCUGCUGCGCUUACGUGAAAGAUGACAAAAUGUAUUACAGGGCUGAAAUUGUGGAUUGGCUUUUCGAAAAGUCCAAUAAACUUGUUCUGGUCCAAUUGGUGGAUUACGGGAAUUAUAGUCUGGUUCAUUUUAAAAGUUUGAGGAGGCUUACUGCAGAGGUCAGUUCAUUGCCGAAGCUGGCUAUCAGGUGCUACUUUCCCCUCUUAUAUCCACCCGGCUCUACGAGGAACAACCUUUUGACUGAAUGGCCUAAGUCGAGCAUCGAAGCUCUCUUCGAAUUGAGCGGUUUGAGUACGGAAAAUAGUGGGGCUAUGUUCAAAAUAGUUUAUGUGCAAAGAGAAAGUGGGGAAACUGCGAUUGACCUGUGUCAAGCGAAAGGACAAGAUGCCGAUACCAUUGGACAGUUGUUGAUUGAUUUAGGACAUGCAGUACAGAUUGUUCUGCCUGAAGAUGAUCCCAUGGGAGUUUUAUCGGACGAAGAGGACAUAAAAAACUUGGAACGUUGCGACAACCUGAACGAAGUUAUCCUAGGAUACGACCCGAAGGACGAGGCCAGAAUCUGCAAAUUCACCAGACGCGGCGGCGGCAAGUGUUUCAAACGGUCGUGCAAGUUGGAACACGUCGAAUACACCAGAGGUGGUUUCACGACGGAUCAGACCCUAACCUACGCAAGUGCUUUGGUCGACUUGAAAUUACCGAGGGUGGGGGAAUCGAUAGCUAUCAGGUUCACGACGUUCCUCGAGGCGACUAGAUUUUACGCCAAUCUUGUGUGUUACGUCGAGGAAUUGAAAUAUCUGGAGGAGGUAAUGAACGACAGUAUCAACUGCAGUAAAUUCGAAACUUUCAAGAUUUUACCGGCAUAUGGCGAGGUCGUUAUUGUGAAGCAUUGGCAGAAACGUUGGCUGAGGGCCAUAGUUCGGCAUCACCUCUUCAACGAGGACGGCAAUUGUACAGGUGCUCAAGUGUUUAUGGUUGACUAUGGCGACAUAAUAGACGUCCCAUUGCAUUGUAUAAGACAAAUCAGAACGGAAUAUUUAAAUUUGCCAUUUCAGGCAAUAGAAUGCGUCCUACAAAAUUACAGAGAUAGCACGAAGUUUGGACUGAAAGAUAUGGAUAGAUUCUUUUAUGAGAAUAUGGUCUUUAGGUCUUUCAAUGCAAAAGUUUUGGCCAUUUCUGACAUGCAGAUGUGUUUAGAGGUGUAUUGUAAAGAUACAAAUCUUGGUGAUAUUUUAUGUGAUUAUGGGUUCUUGGAAAGAGAAAACAGAAAAAUUAUAUUGCCUCAUCCCGAUAGUAUUCUGAUUCCAGGAUAAAUUAAUCCUUUUUAUCAUGGGAUCUUAUUGUUUUAUACUGUUUUCAGUGUUGCUGUAUUCGUAUUAACGCUCCUAUGCGGAAUUAAGUAUUGUUAAGUUUUGUAAUGAAUAUAUGUUUAUUUUUUA